AUGACAUCAGCAUUGAAAACAAGUGAAGAUCCGGUCACUGAACGAAAGAAACUUUACAUAACCGAACGGCAAAUUCCCGCUUUGUUCGAGGCAUUGAUCGCUGGAUUGAUGAAUAACGAACCGGAUGAUCAUUUGGAUUUCAUCAUCGAAAGUCUAAAUGAAAUGAAAAAGGAGAAAAUACCAUUACGAUGGGACACUUUCAUUGAAAUGCAUGAUAAGAAGAAGAAGAAUUAG